AUGAGUGACUGGGAAAACGACGACGAGCCGCAGCAACCGGUUGCACCACCCAAACUGACUUCUGCAGGACGCAAGAAAUUUGACGACGAAGAUGUUGAAGACGAAGUCAAGGAUGAUUGGGAGGAGGAAGAUUCCGAACCGGAAAAGCCAGCCUCUGCUGUGGUCCUGCCACCACGCAAGAAGAAAUCCGUGAAGCAAAAGAUUGCCGAAAAGGAAGAGGAGGAACGCUUGCGUCGCGAACAGGGUCUCGAAUCCGAGGAGGAGGAAGAGGACUGGGAUGCCGAUCCGAUAGCAAAGCGUAGGAUGGAGAGGGAAGCUCAGUUGAAGAGUGAUGUCGAAAACGCUGCCAACUUGUUGGGCACUGCCAAGAUCGAUGACCCCCUCUCAACCCUCCGCACCGCCACGCCAUCCUCCAAGGAGGACUGGGAGACCCUCUCCACAACCAUCUUCACCGAACUCAUCAAGAAGCACUCCACCCAACCCGGCUUCGACAAACACUUUGUCCCGCACUUCUACCGUCUCAUCGCCUCCACCCUCCGCGACGUCGACAUCCGCAAAUCCUCCACCAUGCUCAAGACCUACGCCGAGGAGAAGUCCAAAGCCGAAAAGGAGGCCAAAAAGUCCGGCGGUCAAAAAGCCAAAGUCGCAUCCGCAAAACCCAAAACCGUAGGCACAAGCAGCGCUAAAAACGUCAUCGACACAAACGCCUACGGCGACGAAGCCCUAGACGACGACCUCGACUUCAUGUAG